AUGACUCGCUUGGCGAAUCGCGGGCAGCUUUCGCAGCGGGAUGUGCAUCCUGAUCCGUCUGCGGCGGAGCCGUUGCUUCCUGCGUCGGCACCUCUGCCGCAUGAAGCGACGCGGUUGCACAAACCCCCUCGCUGGUGGUCUGGCACCACCUCGCCUUCCUCGACGCUCGGCGAUGCCAGUGGGCAGCGUGAACCCAACAGCUGGGCAAAGGUGCGGCAUCUGUACCGCGAAGAGCUCGCCGAGUUCUUUGGCACCUUUCUCAUCCUCCUCUUCGGUGCCGGCGUGGAGUGUCAGGUGAAUCUGCACUACCAUGGUGCUGACACGCGCGAUGUCGCUGCGUACGGGAGCUACUUCCAGGGCCGGCUGGCGUGGGCUGCUGGUGUAGCUAUGGCCGUAUGGGUAUCGGGUGGCAUUAGCGGUGGACAUUGCAACCCCAGUGUGACGGUCGCCCUGGCGCUGUUUCGUGGCUUCCCGCGUCGCAAAAUCAUCCCGUUCGUCGUGGCUCAAACCCUAGGAGCCACGGCAGCAAGUCUUUUGGUGUAUGCCAACAACUUGACCAACAUCGCCCGCUUUCAGGGAGGCGCAGCAAGGACCGUGAAGGGACUCGGAAGCACGGCACCGUUCUUUUUUACGCUUCCCGCGCCCGAACUGUCGUAUGCCUCGGCAUUCUUCUCGGAAUUCCUCGCCACAGCCGUGCUGCUCUUCGUCGUCUUUGCACUCGCGGAUACGGCCAACCUCAAACCGCCAAAGGGGGCACAGCCUUUUGCGAUGUUCAUCGUGCUGUUGGGCAUCGGCGCUAGCUUGGGCUACAACACCGGCUAUGCGAUCAAUGGCGCGAGGGACACGGGCCCGAGGAUCGCACUGUGGCUCGUCGGGUACGGCAGCGAGGUGUGGACGCACGAUGCGUGGUACUGGGCGUGGAAUCCGUGGCUCAGCAGUAUCCUGGGUGGAGCGGUGGGCGCUGCAACGUACGAUGCCUUCUUGUACACCGGUCAGGACAGUCCGUUCAACAGGCCCAAAGUCGUGCGUGGCGGGUACGGUGCGAUCCAGGUGACUUCGGAUGACGAAAUCGAGAGCAGCGCAUAG